GAGUCACAAGGCAGCUGACACCCGACAAGUUGUAGCUUGCGCAUCAAGCAUCAAACAACGACUACCAGCACAUAAAUUUCCCCGUCAAAAUGUGUCGAGUAUCAAAUUCGACUGCCUGUGGCAUGGAGUUGGAGAGCAGCGAUCAAGCUGUGGUUAUGAGAGAUGACAACAAGCGACGCCGGAGGAGGAGGAUGAAGCCCUACUGUACAGCCAACACUCUGUCGUCGACGGAACUCAUCUCCAUUGAGUUUGUUUUCCCCACGACCAGCAUCGUACUCGACAUCCCUACCAACUGCACGGUGGAGCAGAUGAAAGGCCAGGUCUGGAUGCGGGCAGUGGAAGGCCACCAGACCUCCGACCUGUUCCGCAAGAUCACGCCGGAUCAAUUUCUCCUCCUGUAUCAGAAGAAGGGCCAGUGGUACGAAAUCUACGACAAGCACCAGAUCAUGCAGACCCUGGAUUGUAUCUUAUAUUGGAAAGUCUUGCAGAAGAAAGUGGGCAAGAUCCAUGUGGUUGAGAAGCCCAAUCUUUCCGAGGAAGUGCAAGAGUUCCAAAACCAGCUCAAUUAUCUGAUCGGCUAUGAUGUCACCGACGUGAGCAACGUGCACGACGAUGAACUCGAGUUUGCCCGCCGUAGGCUGCUCACCCCGCGGACGAUUGAAGUCUCCUGUCGGGAUCCAAAAUUGUACUCCAUGCCCGUUUGGACUACAUCUAAACCCCUCCCGGAGUAUUUGCUGAGCAGAAUUGUCAACAAUAAUAUUUUUCUCAACAUCCACAGAGGAACCACCAGCCAGAAGAUCAAAGUGGCGGUGGACGAUACGCCAGACGUCAUCCUCCAGAGCUUCUUCAUGAAAAUGGCGAAGAAGAAGUCUUUGAUGAACAUCCCCGAAGACCACAGCGAGCAGGAUUUUGUCCUGCGAGUGAGUGGCAGAGAUGAGUACAUUGUCGGCGAGACACCCAUCAAGAACUUCCACUGGAUAAGACAGUGUCUGAAAAAGGGGGAUGAAAUCCAUCUGGUCCUAGAUGAACCACCGGACCCGAACCAGGAUGAAGUUCAAAAAGAAGAAUGGCCAUUGGUGGACGAUUGCACUGGAGUUUCGGGAUAUCACGAGCAGCUCACCAUCCAUGGGAAAGACCAUGAAAGGGUGUUCACCAUAUCGUUGUGGGAUUGCAACCGUAAGUUCAGGAUCAAGAUCAUCGGCAUGGAUAUCCCUGUAUUACCGAGAAACACGGACCUUACGGUUUUCGUGGAGGCUAACAUUCAGCACAGCCAACAGCUCCUUUCCCAGCGGAGAACAACCGCUAAGCCGUUCACCGAAGAGGUUCUGUGGAACGUUUGGCUUGAGUUUGACAUCAAGAUCAAGGACCUUCCAAAAGGAGCGUUGCUCACCCUGCAGAUACAUUGCGGCAAAACUCCCGCACCGUCCGCCAAGGGUAACCUCCACCCGCACGACUCGCCCUCGUCCGACCCUAAAUACAAAACUCAGCUUCUCUACUACGUCAACCUUUUGCUGAUAGACCACCGCUCCCUGCUCAGAACGGGGGACUACGUCCUUCACAUGUGGAAAAUCCCGGGCAAGGGGGAAGAGCAAGGAAGCAUCAACGCGGAUAAGCUAACCUCGGCCACCAAUCCGGAUAAAGAGAAUUCAAUGGCUAUUUCGAUCGUGUUGGACAAGUACUGUCACCCCAUCGCCCUCCCGAAGCACAAGAUACCGUCGGAUCCUCAGGGGGACAGGGCCAGAGUUGAAAUGCCAAACCAGCUGCGGAAACAGCUGGAGGAGAUCAUAGCUACCGAUCUGCUCAACCCACUCACCCCCGAAGACAAGGAAUUACUGUGGCACUUCAGGUACGAAAGCAUCAAGCACCCCAAAGCGUACCCCAAGUUGCUUAGCUCGGUGAAAUGGGGACAGCAGGAACUAGUCGCCGAGACUUACCAACUGCUCGCGAAAAGAGAGGCCUGGGACCUGAGCACUCUGGAUGUCGGCUUGCCCAUCCAGCUUCUGGAUUGCAACUUUUCGGAUGAAACCGUGAGAACGAUGGCGGUGCAGAAGUUGGAAGGCUUAGAAGAUGACGAUGUUCUCCACUACCUCUUGCAGCUGGUGCAGGCAGUCAAAUUUGAGCCUUACCAUGACAGCGCCUUAGCCCGGUUUCUUCUAAAGCGCGGUUUGAGGAACAAGCGGAUUGGACACUUCCUCUUCUGGUUCCUGAGGAGCGAGAUUGCUCAAUCCAUGCAUUACCAGCAGAGGUUUGCCGUGAUCUUGGAGGCGUAUCUGAGAGGGUGUGGCAAAGCGAUGCUGAAAGACUUCCUCAGGCAGGUCCAAGUGACGGAGCUGCUGCACAAGGUCACCCGGGAGAUCAAGGCCAUCUCCGCAGAGAAGUACGACAUCACCCCUCAAGUCAUCACGCAGCUGAAACAAAAACUUGAGAGGCUACAGGACAAUAGGUUUCCAGAAUGUUUCAGGGUUCCCUACGACCCCGGACUGAAAGCAGGAGCACUGUUGAUCGAAAAAUGCAAAGUAAUGGCUUCCAAGAAAAAACCUCUGUGGCUAGAAUUCAAAUGCGCGGAUCCAACCUCUCUGUCCAGCGAAACCAUCGGCAUCAUCUUCAAACAUGGUGAUGAUCUGAGGCAGGAUAUGCUCAUUUUACAGAGAACUACAGCUGGGAUCAUUUUCUUGCCACCCUUGUUUCUCCAUCUUGUUUCACAACAACCCUUCUCCGUGGCACGCCAAAACUGCAGUAGACUAUUGCGCGCCCGACGAAAGCGCGUACGUGACGUCAUC